AUAUUACUGAAAAAUGAAGUCCACCUCCCAUCAUGUUCCUCUCGAAUCACGUCAUAGUCGUUGAUUGAAGAUUAUAGCAGCUGAUGUAAGUUAGAGUUACUUACGUCUGUUGCACAAGAACUACUACAUAGAAGGUUCUUUCUAAUAUAAGUUCUUCUAAGUACAUGAUACAUAGAACUACAUAGAAGGUUCUUUCUAUAAGUUCUUCUAAGUACAUGGUACAUAGAAGGUCUAUUGACAAACGAUGGACUGGGAGAAUCUUCUGUGCAUAGAAUCUCUCGACUGCGUUGACCGCGAAAGCAGACGAAAUGGCGGCAACACGGGAAUUUGCGUGUGCGGUAUCUUGGUGCAAGCUGCUGCCGCUAGUCUGGCUGUGGUAAGUUUCUUGUCGAUGGAUCCAGUGGUGUGGUAUACUCCUUGGGUCCGUGUUGGAGGGUUGGGUGAUGUUGCCCAAGAAGACGGGGCUACAGCUAGAUCUUCAGCCGGUCGUGCGGGUACAACGAGCACGACAAAUGGCGAUCAUUUGGUUGGAGCGUCUACUCAGCAGCAAGUUCAAACGACAAAAACCACCAAUGGUAAGCUCCCGAACUUGCACCCGUUGACACUUUGCAUUUCGAGUGCAGCUGUAAACGCUUGUGUCGUGUAUCUACAUGUUCUACGGAACGUGCGGAUCAAGAAAGAGCGAGGUGUCAGACAAAAAGCAGAGAGAUUUGUACGGAAGCACGAAGCCGAGACUGAACAUGCGUCUGGGACUGGGUACCACAUUGGCAAACAGGAAGAUCAAAACCACUUUUAUCACGUGGUAGCCCAAGAAAGUAUGAAUGAGCAGCCUGAGCACGGUCAAGGGGCGACUGCAAAAAAGACUACUCCUGCAGAUCCUGAUGCUGAGGAUCACGAUGAUUUCAGAAAAAGCACUUCGUGGCGAACAUUCUUACGUAUAUUCAGUGGGAGUCUCGUAGGAGCUUUUGUUUUUUGUUUCCUACUAGAUCCGAACGUGCCUUUCGGAUACGUGGCUUUAAGUUUUGUGACCGCGGGUUGUGGCUGUUUUGGCUACCUACAGGCGGUUCCUGGAGCGGCCAAUGCACUGUCUGAAGGAGUAAGUAGUAGCAUGAACGAACUUGAAGCGGCGCAUCAAGAUGGAAUGCGUGGGGAUCGCGAACGGCGCAUGGAGGUUGAGAUGAUAUAGUAAGAGUUUCUUGACUUCUGUCUGAGACUGCGUAAUUCUAUACCCGCCAGUGUUGUCAAGGAGCGCAUGUGUAAAUCAUGUUGAUACCUCCAUUCUUCCUCUUCGCUGAGUUUGAUUUUGUGACUACUCAUACAUAGCCGUGAUAGUUAGUAGCGGUGGACAAUGAUCUAUCCAUUACACUAAAGCGAAGCGACGAG